GUGGAGCCCCGUGCGCGGAUCUCGCGAGAGCGGUAGAAGGCGGAAGCGCAAUCCGUGCAGGAUGCGGUUCCUGGUUGCGUUGGUCCUGCUGAGCGUUGCGGCGGCGGACUUGACCAGCAUCCUGCCGCCAAUCACCAGAAGUACGUCCUCCGGGUCUGUAAGUCGACCACCACCUCAAGGAAGCGACUCCAUUCAGCCCACCUCGAGCCAGCUGCCUAACGAGGAACAUCUUUCUGAUCCACUUGUUCAGAACGUGUCUUCCACGAGAGAUGUCUCUAACAGCUCAGUUGUGGAGCAGCCGUCUUCUCAAGAAGGCGGCUCCAGUAGGUCAAAUUUGGACUCACAUCCCGCGAAAGACAACUCCAAGCCCCCCUCCAUCCUCUCAUCUGAUAACAAGGACGCCCCCAACAUAAACCAAGUAGCUGAUGGAGAGACGUCUCCGAAUGCUCCCAGAACUGAAUCUGGGGAGAAAGUGUUAAUGGACCCUGACCUCACUUCUUCCAAGCAGGAGGAAGAUAAGUCUCCAGAGCCUGCUGAAGAUGCGGAGCCCAAAGAUGCUGAAGAAGGUGAUACAGAGCCUGAAGAGGGCUCACCACCCAAAGAAGAGAAAGAAAAGGUGUCUGGCCCUGCCUCCAGUGAGAACCGGGAAGGGAUACUUGUGGAUCCCAUGAGUAGCGAGAAGGAUGACCUUUAUAAGGACAAUGUUGCAAAUGCCAGUGCAGAGAGCAGCCACUUCUUUGCAUAUCUGGUGACUGCAGCCAUUUUUGUUGCUGUCCUCUAUAUUGCUUAUCACAACAAGCGAAAGAUUAUUGCUUUUGUCCUGGAAGGAAAAAAAUCCAAAGUCACUCGGCGGCCAAAGGCCAGUGACUACCAACGUUUGGACCAGAAGCUUUGAUUUUUUUCAUCCUUGAGAACCUUGUCGUCCCUGCUGAUCUGUUUGUAUGUCAA